AUGACAUUCCGAAGAGCAUUAAAAUCUCGAAAAUUUCCAAAAUGUUGUCUGAACGGAGAAAAUUGUCGCAACUGUCGAUUCUACCAAUACCAAAAGUUUCUGGCUGUUGAAAUGAAAUGGCUGGUUCCUCUGCCAUUGAAACAUCUUUUCCAACCAUUAACCCCUUAUUUGCAAAUAGUCAUUAAUCAGUUGAAACUUAUGGAUAACCGAGGAAAACAUGUAUUCCAUAGCUAUGCACUUAUGGAUGAUUUCAAUCUGGAUACUCUGGUUCUGUACACCUCAACAAACUAUAUUGCGAAACAUGAGCAUUUUCAUUUUACUCGUCACGGUUGCGCAGCUAUUAGUCAUACUACGGGAAUAGAUUUCAUCAAAAAAUUCGAAUUCAUCAGCUUGCUUUCAGCAAAAGAACUGAUUGGAUUCAUCGAGAAGGCUAUUAUGCCUUAUACUCUGUUUUGUACAGCUAUGAGAUCAUAUACCAAUCGACGAGAAGCUGCGGAGUUCCCAGGAGGCGUUGACGUCAUCUGUGAAGAUCUUGAGGUUUGCGACGCCAACGCUCCCGCUGUCUUAGACAACCUCCGACAUCCAUUAGUGGCAAAGUUGAAAGAGUUGAAAAUUACCAACGAGGAAUUUCUUUUGCUGUCUGCAGUUACCAUUUGCAAUUCAGUCGCUGCGAAAUUAUCUGACGAGAGCCCGUGCGGUGACCCCUUCUAUUCCUCUGAUAUCGAUUUUUUGGCCGCUAUGGUUGUAACUAUUAUUAAACAUAAACCUCGAAAUAAGAGAAAAGCUCUCUCGGCCUUGAAAGAUGAAAAUGGCGGUAAGAAAUCCAAAUUGUCUGAAUAUUCCAGUAAGCAAGCUGUGGAUGAUAUAAUUGAAUCUGUGGAUGAUAUGUCUAACCCAUUAUAUGAACUGCUGUCUAAUGAUUUCAAAUCGAAAGAAGAAUUCACUGUGAAUGAUAUUGCAAUGAUGUUUAAGUCGCUGGCUGAAACGAUUCUCAAGCUUCAAUCCCAAAACACAAUGUUGAAAAACCAAAACUGUAUUCUAAAUGCCAAUUUGUCGAAUCUUACGGAAAAAGUUGAUGGCUUGGAGGAGAAUCUCAAAUUGUUAUCAUCUCAACCUAAAGAAUCACCAAAACCUCCUACUACAUUAAUUAAAACUUUUGCUUCAGCUGUCGCCUCAACCAUCUCUGCUCCAAAAUCCCAAAUCUCUUUCAUGCGAGCUGCCUCAUUGGCUAACUCUGAAGAUGCACGGAAAUCGAAUGUGAUCAUUAAAAACAUCGACCUUUCAUCGAUGAAUUAUAUUCUAUCAAAUAUCGACUGGGAUUUACGAUUUUCAACAAUGUCAAUUGAUGAAAUGUUUGAUGAUUUGAGAGGAAUACUUCUGGAGCUUAUUGAAUAUUUUGUACCAACAGUAACUCAUCUAAUUCAUAAUAUAAUUUAUUCCAAAGAAACCAAACAAUUACUAAAAAAGAAAUUAUUGAUUUGGAAGAAAGCAGGUAACUCGGACGAGUAUAAACAUGUUUCAGCAUUAUUCAAAAGGUCACUCGUGAAAUCUGAAGAAGAAAGAAUCUAUAAACGAAAAAGUGAUAUACCGGCAAUACGAUAUAAAUCUAAUGAGAAUGUUAUCAUGAGUGAUGAAGGAAAAGCCGAAAUAUUUGGAGAUUGCUUCAGUGAAUUUUUCAACAUUGACAAAGAUAUCCUUCCUGCUACAGGGAAUCUAACUUCUAAGUUCAGCUCAGAUGUCAUAUUCACGCCGGAGAAUAUCGAGUAA